GUCGAUGUCACCGUUUUUCAGCAGUCAUGUCAAAAUGACCAAAAAACAAGAUUUCUGUGGGGGCGCUACUAGACUUUGAAAAAUACAUUAAUAUUAGCUUUUAGAUUUUAAUUCAAUUUUUUGCCACGUAGCUGACUUCAGUUCCAGAGUAUAUUGGUGCUCGUGCAAGUGUCUCCAUUCAAUAAUCUAAGGAAAGGAGACAUCCUCGAGUUUGCGCAUUUGUUUCUAAGAUGAGAUCGUACUUUCGAAAAAUAUCAAUAAUGAAGUAUACAAUACUCAACAACGCUAUCUUGCCACGCGCAUGCGUUGUCGUUCACCGGGUAGACAAAAUGGAAAAAUCAUUACAGUAUACUUUCGAACUGUGUUAGAUAUAGCCCUAGUUUAACAUUUAUUCGGAAUGGGUGAAGAGGAGAUUAAAAAAAGCUUUGAAAGAUGUUGUCGCCUUUGUGCAGAAGAACAGGAAGUCACUUUAAUGAUUUUUGGUGAAGAAGCUAAGGCUAUGCUUCUCCAUAGCAAGCUAAAUAAAUAUCUAAUGAUUGAGGUUGACCAAGAUGACAAACUCCCCAAAAAUAUUUGUAUCUCAUGUUGCUCUACACUACAGACUGUUUGUAACUUUAUAGAUUCCGCUAGAAGUGCACAAGAAGUUCUUUUAAACCGCUGCUCCAUGGUGGAACAAUUUGUUGCUGAACAAAAAUUAACUGUGAAGUCUGAACCAAAAUCUGACAAUGGAGAUAAUUGUGAUGAUGAAAAUAAAUUUACUGAAAUGGAAAUAAGUGUAGAUCCUAUGAUGGUUUUACAAAACUCUGAAAGAAUAAUGUCACCAGAUGAUUUAUUAGAUAAUGAUUCAAAUUCAUCUAGUGAACCAAACCAUACUUAUAUAACCCAAGAUGUUACACAUAUGCACAGUGUGGACCAAGAAACUGUUACUAUUAAACUUAUAAGAAAAGAUGUUACACCAGAUCAAAUAUUGAAGCCAUUUCCCUGUUUGUCAUGUGAUAGGAGCUUUUUAACUGAAAUUGCAUUAAAAAACCAUUCUUGGAUUCAUUGCAAUGGAGAUGACAAAUGUUUCAGAUGUAAUUCAUGUGAGGCAGGUUUUGAUUAUAAAAGUGAUUUGAUUGCACACAUAAAAGAGCAUAAAUUAAGUGGUCUGUGCACAAUAUGUGGACGAUGUUUCAGGUCAGAAAAGAAUUUAAUUGCCCAUAUGGCAGCACAUGAAAUUGAUGGAAAAUCAUACAACUGCAACAUCUGCAAACGCUCUUACAACACUUUGAGCAAUCUUAAAACUCAUAGUGUAACACAUAGUACAGAGAGGCCUUAUCAAUGUCAUUUGUGUAAGAAAAGUUUCAAGAGGAAUCAAGAUUUAAAGUUCCACAUCAACCUGCAUAGUGGGGAAAAGCCAUACAAAUGUCCAUUUUGUGAAAAAAGCUUUGCCAGUUCAGGCAACUGUUAUUCUCACAGGAAUCGUAUGCAUCCUGGCAGACGUGUAGAUUCAAAGAUGCGACGAUACGGUGCUGUGUCACGAGAAAACCUACCACUUUCAUACAAACCGAUUGCACCUAAGCCUCAAAUUAAUUCUGUCAAAGGAAUUGUCAAGUAUCAGUGCACUAUAUGUGAUCACAGUUUCAUGAAAAGGGAUAACUUUACAUACCAUAUGUAUCAACAUACAGGAGAGAAACCAUUCCAGUGUACAUUGUGCCCAGAAAAAUUUGUUACACGAAGAGGAUUGCUCAUACACCACAAUAAAGAACAUCCUGGAAAAGACAGACCACUGGCCUUGAUAUCUAAAAAUAUAUUGUUAAAAUAGUCGCCUGUUGCAAAUUGGCUUGAUACCUAAUGUAACUCCAAUUAGAUAAAAAAAUCAAUGUGCUUUACAAUAAUGAUAGUUACCUGGGAGUAAAAAUAUAAUGGAAAAAAUAAUUCAUAUAAAACACGAAAAUUGAUUAAUGUUAUAUAUUAGUUCUCAUUAAGUCCAUAAAGCUAUAGGUAAAACUGGAUCCGGUACUCACAACAAGUUAUGAUCUAAAGCACAUCUCUACAUGCAUUGCUAUCUCUGUCAUCUGUAGCUCGAUCUCCUUUUUGCGCGGUAAAAUGUUUAACUAUGUGAUGCUGCAAGUUACACACUACGAUCGGAGUAUAUAUCGAAGAGAUAGCAAUAUAUUAUGUAUCUUACAUAAAAAAGUUCUGGAGAGUGCUGUAAAAAAGAAUUUUUGACGUUUGGAAAUAUCUGUUUUGAUUUUGACUCUAGGGCAACUACCAUAUUCCGUAUUUUACAACCGCAAUGUAUUUCUGAGAGCAAAGUAUAUUAUGCGUGAGUGAUUGUUACAUUU